UGCCGAGCAGUGUGCUUCCGCGAGCUGCGGGGUCGCCGGGGCCUCGUGGUGGGGCGGCUCCGCGGGGCUUCGCCCGCUCCCUCACCUCCCCGGGCACUCUUGCGGAGCCCUGCGGGGCCCGUCCUGCCGCCGGAGACCCAGAGAAAGGUGAAGAACUGAGUGUCAUCAUGUCUGGAAUCAAGCGAACAAUCAAAGAAACUGACCCUGAUUACGAGGAUGUAUCUGUGGCCCUUCCAAAUAAACGGCAUAAAGCAAUUGAGAAUUCAGCUCGAGAUGCUGCUGUGCAGAAGAUUGAGACUAUUAUCAAGGAACAGUUUGCUCUUGAAAUGAAGAAUAAAGAACAUGAAAUUGAAGUUAUUGACCAGCGACUGAUUGAAGCGAGAAGGAUGAUGGAUAAACUUCGUGCCUGCAUUGUAGCAAACUACUAUGCUUCUGCGGGUCUUCUAAAAGUUUCUGAGGGAUCAAAGACAUGUGAUACAAUGGUUUUUAAUCAUCCUGCUAUCAAGAAGUUUUUGGAAUCACCGUCUAGGUCAUCAUCUCCUGCCAAUCAAAGAUCAGAAACACCGUCAGCCAAUCAUUCAGAAAGUGACUCUUUAUCUCAACACAAUGACUUCUUAUCUGACAAAGAUAAUAGCAGUAAUAUGGAUAUAGAGGAAAGACUGUCAAACAACAUGGAACAGAGACCAAGCCGAAAUACUGGAAGGAACACUUCUAGUGUUACUGGCUCCCAUAAAACAGAGCAGCGGAAUGCUGAUCUUGCAGGAGAUGAGACUUCACGUCUUUUUGUAAAGAAAACAAUAGUAGUGGGCAACGUGUCCAAGUAUAUACCUCCAGAUAAGAGGGAAGAAAAUGACCAGUCAACCCAUAAGUGGAUGGUAUAUGUCCGAGGGUCCCGUAGAGAACCCAGCAUUAAUCAUUUUGUCAAGAAAGUUUGGUUCUUCCUUCAUCCCAGCUAUAAACCAAAUGACCUUGUGGAAGUUAGAGAGCCUCCUUUUCACCUGACCAGAAGAGGCUGGGGUGAGUUUCCUGUCAGAGUUCAAGUUCACUUUAAGGACAGCCAGAACAAGCGGAUAGAUAUCAUACAUAAUCUGAAGCUGGAUAGAACUUACACUGGCUUACAGACUCUUGGAGCAGAGACGGUAGUGGAUGUUGAACUCCAUCGGCAUUCCCUUGGAGAAGACUACAUUUAUCCUCAGUCCUCCGAGUCAGACAUCUCUGAUGCCCCUCCAUCUUUGCCUUUGACCAUUCCAGCCCCAGUGAAAGCUUCUUCACCAAUAAAGCAGUCACAUGAGCCAGCUCCUGAUACCUCUGUGGAGAAAGCAGGAUUCCCAGCUAGCACUGAAGCUGAGAAACACACUGCAUUUUAUUCUUUGCCAUCUUCAUUGGAAAGAACACCCACCAAAAUGACAACAUCCCAGAAAGUUACCUUUUGUUCUCAUGGCAAUUCAGCUUUCCAGCCAAUAGCAUCAAGCUGCAAAAUCAUGCCACAAAGUCAGGUUCCUAAUCCUGAGUCACCUGGAAAAUCCUUCCAGCCCAUAACUAUGAGCUGCAAGAUUGUCUCAGGUUCCCCAAUAUCAACACCAAGUCCAUCACCAUUGCCUCGAACCCCAACUUCCACUCCAGUCCAUGUGAAGCAAGGCACUGCCAGCUCUGUUAUUAGUAAUCCAUAUGUUAUCAUGGACAAACCUGGGCAGGUUGUUGGAGCUACCACUCCAAGUACAGGAAGUCCUACAAACAAGCUGUCUACGGCUUCUCAGGUCUCCCAAGGAACAGGUUCCCCUAUUCCUAAAAUUCAUGGAAGUAGUUUUGUAACGUCUUCUGUCAAGCAGGAGGAUUCUUUGUUUGCAUCUAUGCCACCUCUUUGCCCAAUUGGGAGUCACCCAAAGGUUCAAAGCCCCAAACCUAUAACUGGAGGACUUGGAGCUUUCACAAAAGUGAUCAUCAAACAGGAACCUGGUGAAUCCCCUCACAUGCCCACAACAGGAGCGGCCACCCAGUCACCACUCCCUCAGUAUGUGACUGUGAAAGGGGGUCACAUGAUAGCUGUGUCCCCUCAAAAACAGGUCAUAACUGCUGGAGAAGGGACUGCUCAGUCACCAAAGAUUCAGCCCUCCAAGGUUGUUGGGGUGCCAGUUGGGUCUACUUUACCGUCAGCAAUGAAACAGGCUGUAGCAAUCAGUGGUGGCCAAAUCCUUGUAGCCAAGGCCAGCUCUUCUGUUGCCAAAGCAGUUGGUCCAAAACAAGUUGUGACCCAAGGAGUUGCCAAAGCAAUUGUGAGUGGAGGUGGAGGAACCAUUGUUGCUCAGCCAGUGCAGGCCUUAACCAAGGCUCAGGUCACUGCUGCUGGCCCUCAGAAGAGUGGAUCCCAGGGUUCAGUAAUGGCCACGUUGCAGCUACCAGCCACUAAUUUGGCCAACUUGGCAAAUUUGCCUCCUGGCACUAAACUCUACCUUACCACCAACAGCAAGAAUCCUUCAGGAAAAGGAAAACUGCUUUUGAUCCCUCAAGGAGCCAUCCUGCGAGCUACCAACAGCGCUAACCUCCAGUCCGGCUCAGCUGCUGGCAGUAGCGGUGGUGGUGGUGCAGGAGGAGGAGGUGGUGGAGGCUGCAGUGGCAGUGGUGGAGGCAGUGGAGGAGGUGGCGGCAGUGGAACAGGAGGAUCUCAAAGCACCACUGGCCCUGGAGGGAUAUCCCAGCACCUGACUUACACAUCUUACAUCCUCAAGCAAACUCCCCAGGGCACAUUUUUAGUUGGCCAACCGUCACCCCAGACAUCUGGGAAACAGCUGACUACAGGGUCGGUGGUCCAAGGAACGCUGGGAGUCAGCACAUCUUCUGCACAAGGACAACAAACAUUAAAAGUUAUCUCUGGACAGAAAACCACUUUGUUUACACAGGCAGCCCCUGGGGGACAGGCAUCUCUAAUGAAAAUAUCCGAUAGCACCUUGAAGUCUGUGCCAGCCACCUCACAACUCUCCAAACCUGGAACUACAAUGCUGAGAGUAGCAGGAGGGGUCAUCACAACUGCCACUUCCCCAGCUGUGGCCCUCUCAGCAAAUGGUCCUGCACAACAGUCUGAAGGAACAUCUCCUGGUUCAUCAUCAGCUGUCAGUUCUGUAAUGAAAACUUCUGGGCAGCAGCAAGUGUGUGUGAGCCAAGCCACCAUGGGAACCUGCAAGGCUGCUGCCCCUGCUGUUGUCAGUGCCACGUCCUUGGUAUCCACACCAAACCCCGUCUCUGGGAAAGCCACGGUAUCAGGGUUGUUAAAGAUUCACUCCAGUCAGUCCAAUCCCCAGCAGGCUGUCCUGACGAUUCCCAGCCAGCUCAAACCACUCAGUGUAAACACAUCAGGAGGUAUGCAGACCAUACUGAUGCCUGUGAAUAAAGUGGUUCAGUCAUUUUCUGCCAACAAAUCACCUACCAUUCUGCCUAUAGCUGCCCCAACUCCAGUUGUCCCCAGCUCUGCUCCAGCAGCUGUUGCAAAAGUGAAGACUGAACCAGAAACAGCCGGGCCAAGCUGCCUCUCUCAGGAGGGUCAGACAGUGGUGAAAACAGAAGAAAGUUCUGAACUGGGGAACUAUGUCAUUAAGAUAGACCAUUUAGAGACUAUCCAGCAACUCUUAACAGCAGUAGUAAAGAGGAUUCCAUUAAUCACUGCAAAAAGUGAAGAUGCCAGUUGUUUUUCUGCAAAGUCUGUGGAGCAGUAUUAUGGCUGGAACAUUGGAAAAAGGAGAGCCGCUGAGUGGCAAAGAGCAAUGACGAUGCGCAAGGUCUUACAAGAAAUACUGGAGAAGAAUCCAAGAUUUCACCACCUGACUCCCCUCAAAACCAAGCACAUUGCUCACUGGUGUCGCUGCCAUGGCUACACCCCACCAGAUCCUGAGAGCCUGAGAAAUGAUGGGGACUCCAUUGAGGAUGUGCUGACCCAGAUCGACAGUGAGCCAGAGUGCUUGUCGUCAUUCUCCUCUGCUGACAACCUCUGCCGAAAACUGGAGGAGCUGCAGCAGUUUCAGAAGAGAGAGCCAGAGAAUGAGGAGGAGGUGGACGUCCUCAACCUCUCAGAGCCAUUAAAGAUAAACAUCAAAAAAGAGCAGGAAGAGAAACAAGAAGAACUAAAAGUCUACCUGCCACCAACACCAGGGUCUGCAUUUAUUGGUGACAUCACACAGAAGAUUGGGAUCUCCCUGCAGCCUGUGGUGCUGCACAGGAACGUGUAUGCAUCGGUGGUAGAGGACAUGAUCCUAAAGGCUACAGAACAGCUCGUGAGUGAUAUCAUGAGACAGGCUUUGGCAAUUGGAUACCAGACAGCAUCUCACAACAGGAUUCCCAAAGAAAUUUCUGUGAGUAAUAUUCAUCAGGCCAUUUGCAACAUUCCCUUCCUGGACUUCCUCACAAACAAGCACAUGGGGGUACUGAACGAGGAUCAGUGAACAGAAUGCAGCUGCCCCUAGAAAAGCGGGAUUUGAAGGCGCAUCCGGAGCAUGGGAACCGCGGUGACUCUCGUGUUUGGGGAAGGAGGUGGUUUUCUGUGGGCCUCAGAGUAUCGUGGCUGCUGAACCAUUGCCUCUGCCUAAACCAGUGUAAUGCCAGAGUGUUCAGUUCCAGAUGAAAUCCUUUCAGGACAGAAGUCUGUUUCUGGAGUGAAGCUGAGGGUGGACGCAUGCUUUGUCAGCUGCCAUUUCUCCACUCUGUAUAAAGCCUCCAUGAAGGGGUCUCAGAGUUGGGCCAGGACCUUCUCUCUUCUGGGUAUACUCGGGGGGCACUUUGGGCCUGAUUCCCCAGGAAAUGGAAAAUGAGUCUGGCAGGCUAGCAAUCCCACCUGCCCCGUGGGCUGGGGUUCCAGGCAGCUCCAGCAGCCACCCUGACAAGGGAUUGGGCGGCAGCACUCAGCGAGUGGUUCUCUGCUCCUGCCUGGCCUCUGUGCUCUUAGCCCAGGGGUCAGCUGCAGGCAGAGGUAAUGCAUGUGAAACCACAAAGGCCUGCAAGGCUGCAGACGGAGCAGGAUUCUCUCUUCACGGAGCACAGGAGCAUUACUACAACCAGUGUCAAAGCAAUGUCCAGGGAUGGACAGAUCUCAGCAUAGGAGGAGGUUUCACUGUGGCCCAGGAAACUUAAUAUGUUAGUAAGAGACAACAUCCACAAACCCCAGGCACUUGGCAGAAUCGUACCAGCUGUACACCCGUGUGCCGAGCAGGUAGCUGCUGCAUGGUCUGCAGGAGCUUCUGCUGCUGAAUCCAUGGUGGUGGCCAGUCGGGCGCAGCCCCCUGGACAGGCUGUGCUGGGAUUGUUGGUCCUACCCAUGGAUUUAAUAUCCUGCUCUUCUCUGUUGAGCUUUUCCCCUCAAGAAGAAAAGUCUUUAAAAGAAACACCUAUGAGUGCCUUAAAGUUGGAAAAAUAACUGCCCAACCCAGAGACAGGGAAGCCAGUGCUCAGAAGCAGUGAGAAUAGAUUGUGCCCAAACAAAGCCCCUCAGUGGGAGGGAGGAGCAGGCAGAAGGAGGGAGGCUGGCAGGGCCACCGCGUGACGUCCAGUUCCACUGACAGUACUCUACCCAGUCUUCCUACCUGGCCGGUGUGGAAGGCCAAGGAAAGACUUAUUCUCAGUUUGAAACCUGCUUUUACUCUGCUCAAAAAAAUUUGAAAAUUGAGUCAAACUUAUCCAAGCAACAUAAUUCAUGUUUUUAUGGGUCUCAUAAAUGCUUGAGUCGGGAAAAUAAGGCAGGGCAGGGAGGUGACUGGAUAAAAUCUGUCUUUUUAAUUCAGCAUUUGAGGGUUGCAAAUGCAGAAGGAAUCUGUUCUGUCAGGCAUAGCGUAUGCUCUGGCUUAAUGAAAUAGUUUAGUACCCAAGGCUCAAAUACUCUAUAUGACCUACAUAUAAGUAAGGUUGAUAAGCAAGUGUAUAGACUCGUUCAGCAAGUGGACUAUGAGUGAGAUCUACAGAUGAAUGAUUUGAUCCAAAUGAAAACAAAUUCAUUUAUUACAGGUAGGAAAGCCUAACAAUGAUCUUUGCAAAAGAAAUAUUAAAUGAUUUAACAGUC